AGAGGGGAGGAGAAAGGACCGAGAGUCUAGCGUGACUUCCAGCCCGGGACAGACGGCCAUUGACCGGAGACUUGGUGGGGGUCACCAGAGACCCUGAUGGCCCAGGCCAGCUGCCUGACCCUCCCCAGGCUGCUGCUGCUGCUGCUGCUUCCUCCGCACCUGGGAGCCGCACCUCAAAUCGUGCAAGUGAAUGUAUCUUCAGUGGUCCAUGGUCUCCUGGGGGCAGAGGUGCAGCUCCCAUGCCACCUGGUGCCUGGGGAAGUCAAAGUCCAGGUGUCCCAGGUGACAUGGCUACGCCGUGACCAGACCAGCGGCAGCAGGAGCAUAGCCGUCUUCCACCCAACCCAUGGUGCCGGUUUCCCCAGCACAGGGCCUGGUGAAGAACGCCUGGCAUUCGUCUCCCAGAGCCAGGGUCUGGGUUCAGAGUUCCAGGAUGCCACCCUGGUCAUCCGGGAUCUGAGGGCAGAGGACGAGGCCAAUUAUACCUGCGAGUUUGCCACCUUCCCUGGGGGGAACAGCAAAGGCACCAUGUGGCUUAGAGUGCUGGCUGAGCCUAAGAACCAUGCGAAGGCCCAUGAGGUGACCUUGGGCCCAACCCCCAUGACCAUGGCCACCUGUGUCUCCAGUGGUGGACGCCCACCUGCUCAAAUCUACUGGUCCUCUCCACUAGCUGUCCAGACCAAUGAGACCAGGACAGCAGGACCAGCCUCCAACACCUUCACUGUCACCAGCCACCUGACUCUCAUUCCUACAGCCCAAAUGAACAAGAAGAAGGUCAUUUGUAAGGUGGAGCAUGAGACCCUUAGGAUGCCUGCCCAGCUGCCCGUCACCCUGGUCGUGAGAUACUCCCCUGAGGUCUCCGUAUCAAGCUAUGAUGAAGACUGGUAUGUUGGGCAAAAGGAAGCCUCCCUGAACUGUGAUGCUCAAAGCUACCCCAAGCCCACGGCCUAUAACUGGAGCGUGGCUUCUGGCUCCCUCCCUCCGACAGCUGUGUCUAAUGGCUCUAAGCUCAUCAUCCGCUCUGUGGACUGGUCAGUCAACACCACCUUCAUCUGCGAAGUCACUAAUGCUGUGGGCACAGGAUGGGCUAACCGAACCAUCCAUGUCAAAGAGGCACCUGCUGCCAAGGAUUCUGUAGGACAAGUGGUGGGCAUCUCGGUGGCCGUCGUGGUGGGCGUGAUUGUAAUUAUGUUCCUGGGAUAUUGCUUGCUCACCAGAAGGUGCCCUGGUCAAAGCCACAAGAACUAUUCACCUAAUAUGGAAGUCUCCUACGCCACAGUGCCCUGCACUACCAGUCAACCCGGGCUGACCAAGAAUAGCAUGGCAGAUGACAUCAACCAAAAUGGUAGAUAGGUUCUGCCCCAGUGACGUACCCUCCCGGGCCCCCAGAAUCUCCUCAGGCCAGACAAGGAUCAUCUGUACCCUGACAUCCCUGCCCACAAGGCUCCACUGGCCCCUACUGACGCUUGCUGGGAAGAGCUCAGACAUAGGCAUCGGGCCCUUGACUCGUGGCCCUUGCCCACCCUUGGACGGGACCAUGGACAAGAGCCUUCUUCUCUCCUGGCCUCAGCUCCCCAUCCAAAAGAAAGAAGGGGUCACUCCACAAGCAUUUAUUAAGUUCCUGCUCUAUGUACCAGGAGCUGCCCCGGUUCUCAACUAAAUGCUCCGUAUAGUCAUUUCCAACUCUUAAAACAAUUCAUUCUUCUCUUCUCUCCUAAAUGGAGAGACAACGCAUUGUACUGGAUAGUGCACUAGACCUGGAGCCAGGAAGACCUGGGUUCAAAUCCUCCCUCAGGAUAAGCCAUGUGACACUGAGCAAGUCAGUUCACCUCUGUGUGGGCCUCACUUUUCCCUUUUGUAAAAUGAUGGUCUAGGUCAGGGCUAUCCAACCUUAGGUUUAUAUUGAAACAAUAGACAAUAUAUUUUGAUUUGCCAUUUUAGUGAGAGCUCUGUGGUAACUUGGCUUAGUUUACUAAAGCAUUUAUGUAAAUUUCUAUGCUGGCCACAUAAAUCUCACUGUGGGCCUCAUGCAGCUGCAGGCCGCAUUUUGAACAGCCCUGGUCUAGGUCCUAGACUCUGGGGGCCCCUGCCAGCUCCAGAGUUAGGUUCCCAGCCUUUCAUUUGCUAAGUAUUCAUAAUGAUGAUGGCACCUCCCCAGGCUAAAGAACUCUCCAUGUCCCAAAGCAGGGAGUGGGGCCAACCUUAUUCUCAAAGAUGGGAGAACAGAAAUCUGGCAAACCUUAAGCCAGGGGAAAAAAGAGAAUUUUGUUGUUCCCUCCCUAUCCUGAUUCCCUGGAGGUCAAGCAGGCCAAGUAUUCUGAGGCCCCUCUGACAGAAGAGGGAAUUGAGGCAGAGAGAGAAAGAGGAACUUUCCAGAGGUCACAUAGUUAAUAUGUGUCAGGGCCAAGAAUCAAACGAAGCCUUCUGGCUCCAGAUCUCCAUUAUAUGACAGAGCCUUGCUGGAGAGAGUAAGGAUUCCAUGCAGCCAGUUUCAGGAUCCUUAUCUAGACGCCCCAAAGUGACAAAUACAUUUAAUCAACAUUUGUUCACCUGGAACACACCUUGUUUUCAGCCAUGUUGUCAGACAUCUUCAACGAGGAUGACCAUGGCAUCAAGGUCAGCCGCCGCACUGGAAGUAAAUUAUUUAACUUGAAAAGGCUACAAGCCAAGACUAAAGUGGAAGGAGAGUUGGUGCUUGACUUUUUGUUCACAGAUGAUUGCGCACUCAGUGCAGCCUCUGAGGCUGAGAUGCAACAAAGUAUGGAUCCAUUUUCUGCUGCUUGUGCUAAUUUUGGCCUAACAACACCAAGAAAACACAGGUGCUCCAUCAGCCAGCACCAGACCAUCCAUAUGUGGAACCUUUAGCUACAGCUAACGGAGAAAUUUUGAAUGCUGUGGAUAAAUUCACUUACCUUGGUAGUGUUCUUUCCUCGGAUAUACACAUUGAUAAUGAGGUUGACACACGCAGUGCCAGAGCCUAGCUCAGUGUUUGGGAAGCUCCAAAGGAAAGUGUGGAAGAUAAGAGGUAUUAGACUGACUACCAAGAGCUGUUGUGCUGACCUCAUUGUCUUGAUAACUUGACAGUAAACCAACGUCAUGCCAGGAAAUUGAAUGGCUCCGUUUGAAUUAUCUUAGGAAGAUCCUGGAAGGAUAAGAUACCAGACACUGAGGUCCUUUCUUGAACUAAACUUCCAAGUACUCAACCUCUACUGCAGAGACUGCAGCUCCAAUGGGCUUUCCCAAAAGACUUUUUCUUAGAGAAUUCACACAGGGGUGGUCAGAAGAAGCGAUACAAGGAUACUCUCAAGGUCUCUCUGAAGAACUUUGGAAGAAGGCACUGUGCUGUAUGAGAAAAGCAGAAUUGAAGUGGGUCAAAAGAAACUUGAGAUGCGCAAAUUUACAGAAUCCACUUGAGCUGUUUACAUGAACUAUUUGUGUCCAGCCUGUGCUAGAGCAUUCUGGGCUCAUAUUGGUCUGAUCAGCCACAUCGGGGACACACUAUAUCUUGACCCUGACAUCGUGAUGUCAUUUUGGUCCUCUUCAAGAAUGAAGGAUAUACAGCUGAGAGACUCACUCCAGUCCCUGACUCUUCCUCACCCAGAUGUCAUCAUAUUUUUAUUUUUGUAAUUAUUAUUACUAAGUUAUAAUUUAAUUUAUUAUUAAAAUAUUCCUACCAUC